GGGCCUGAGGGGUAUUUCCAGUUGGUAAAAUCCUGCAGCUUUCACUUCCUCCAACAUUCUGAGGAACAGAAAAGAGUGUUUUUUUAAAACCCUUUUAGAGCCGGUGCUGAGACAAGAAAGAACAUUCCACUUGCAGCCAGCAAGCACAGCAGCAGGUCAGCUCCAGAAGAAAUCAACAGCACCAUGGAGGAUGACAGAAGCAACCUUCUUGCCAAUCAACGCACCCCCACCGAGGCAGUUGUAUAUGCUGGCACUGAACAAAACCAGCAGCAACGGAGUUCUUCCAGCCGUAGAACUGCCUACUCUGUCUUUACCAUACUGGCCGUCUUGCUGUUUGCAGGCCAGGCAGUUACUGUCUAUUUUGUGUAUCAACAUGACCAGAAGAUUUCCAAGCUGACCACCAGUGCCCAAGAGCUGCAGAUGGAAUCACUGGCCAGGAAUCUUCCUCACAAAUCCAAGUCACCUGGCCAGAUGAAAAUGCCACUUGUCAAUAUGAUGCCGCUGCCCAUGAUGGACUUAUCCCGUACCACAGAGUCUUUGGAGAAUGAAACCCAGCUGAGCAAUAAGACUGAAGACAUGGUUAAACGCUUGCUCCUGAUGGGAAACCCCACCAGAAAGUUCCCUAAACUGGAGAAAGCUUUCAUGGACAAUAUGAUUCAGUUGAAGAAAACCAUGGAUUAUAGUGACUGGAGUUCCUUUGAAAUCUGGAUGCACAAGUGGCUGCUCUUCCAGAUGGCCCAAACUAAGCACCCAGAAGAAAUUGCCGCAGUAAAAGUGCAAACCAAGUGCCAGGCAGAAGCAAGUUUUAAGGGCGUGUAUCCAGGAAAGUUCCGCCCCCAGUGUGAUGAAGAUGGUGAUUACUUGCCUAAGCAGUGCAAUCACAGCACUGGGUUUUGCUGGUGUGCCUACAAGAAUGGUACAGAAAUUGAGGGUACCAAAACACGUCAACCGCUGAACUGCACUGGAAUGCCGCAGAUUUUGGAUCCUGAGAAUGUGACAUAUUCAGGGCUGGAUCUUGAUGUGAUCUGA